GAAAGGGAGAGCAGAGGAAGCCAAGCGGAGCAGAGUUGAUUACUCCCACCACUUCGUCUCCACCUCCGACCGAAUCCGUCCUCGCCAAGCCACCAUCAUUGCGCCACCGCCGCCUCGCUAGUUUCUUACUCCUCCCCUGCGAGCUACUGCUGCCGUCGUGGCCGGCCGGCUGGAGUGGAGUGGAGUGAGCGCGCCACCCACCUCCACGCCCCCAUUAAAGGCGCUCACGCAGCACCGCCAUCUCCAUUCCUCCACGAGAAAGGGGGCUGAGAGAGAGAGGCUGCGUGCGUGCUCCAUUCCUCCCCUCACGGGAGCAGCAGCAAAGGCCGCUAACGCCCAGCGCCGCCCCCACGCCGCACCGCGCGCCUUUAAAGAAGGGGAGGACGGCGCGCCACCUUAAAGAUUCCCACGCCGCAAGCUCGCUCUCCCGCCACGAGGUUGAUCGGUGCUUUUAAUUCUUCCUUCUUGCAGAAGGCCUCCCGCUCCAUUUGCAAGCUUGAACCGAGGCGCUUUCUGGGGGAUGGCGCGGCUCGGCGCUGUCGUGGUGGUGUUCUUCUUGGCGGCGGCGCUCGCAGCGGAGGGCAUUCUUGACCCGGUGGACUUCCUCGCGCUGCAGGCCGUGCGGAGGUCGCUCGACGACAUGCCGGGCUCCGCCUUCUUCGACGCCUGGGACUUCACGGCGGACCCCUGCGGCUUCCCUGGGGUGUACUGCGACGGGAACAGGGUGUCGGCGCUCGCGCUCGGCGACCCGCGGGCCGGGUCGCCGGGGCUGACCGGGAGGCUCGACCCGGCGCUCGGCCGGAUGUCCGCGCUCACCGAGCUCUCGCUCGUGCCCGGCCGCGUCCAGGGCGAGCUCCCGGCCUCCCUCGCCUCCUGCUCCAACCUCCGCUUCUUGGCCGUCAGCAAGAACCUCCUCUCCGGCGGGAUACCGGACGGCAUUGGCGCGCUGUCCAACCUCCGGACGCUCGACGUCAGCUUCAACCAGAUCUCCGGCGCCAUCCCACCGUCCAUUGCGUCGCUGCCGUCGAUCACCAACCUCAUCCUCUGCCACAACCAGCUCACCGGUGGCAUCCCGUCGUUCCCGGACUCCUCGCCGCUCCUCCGGAUGGACCUCAAGCACAAUGCCCUCUCCGGCGGCGUGCCCGGCCUGCCGGGCUCGCUGCAGUACCUCUCGCUCGCGGCGAACCGUCUCACCGGGAACGUCGACUUUGUGCUGCCCCGGCUGACUCGGCUCAACUACCUCGACCUCAGCAUGAACCAGCUCCAGGGGCCUAUCCCGGCGUCCGUCUUCACAUUGCCGCUCUCCGUGCUCCAGCUUCAGCGCAACUUCUUCUCCGGCCUCCUCCAGCCGACGAGCGACGUGACAAUCCCGGUGGUGGACCUGAGCUACAACCGGUUCUGGGGGCCUCUGUCGCCGCUCCUGGCGGGCAUUGGGCAGCUGUACCUGAACAACAACCGGUUCACCGGCGAUGUGCCGUCGCGGCUGGUGCAGGAGCUGGUGGGCACCGGUGGGCUGCAGCUGCUGUACCUGCAGCACAACUUCCUCACCGGCAUCGAGAUAUCGCCGUCGUCGUCGCUCCCCUCCGGCGUCUCGCUCUGCCUGAUGUACAACUGCAUGGUGCCGCCGGUGUACGCGCCGUGCCCGAUCAAGGCCGGCACGCAGAACACCCGGCCAGCCGACCAGUGCCCGGAAUGGAGGGGCUAAGAUGGCUGGCUGCUCCCAGAAGCCACGACAACACGAUUGCCAGAUCGCCUCUGAUCGGGGAGGAGGAGCAAGGAAGAAUGAAGGAGAUUGCAAAUGGUGGUCUCUGAUUCUUUGAUUAAAUUUGUCCAGUUUACUAGCGUUUUACUGUGGAUCAUUAUUCUUUUUGUUGGGGGAGGGGAUAGCAAUGUCACAGACAGAAGAAGUUGGUGCUUUAAUAAUUCAUGGUUUAUAGGUGUAAUUUUUUUGUCUAGCUGGUGUAAGUGUAUGUGCUUGUGUCUCUGUUGUAUAGACAGUGAGUGAGUAAGUGGUGAACAUUGGGCCUUGAUGUUGUCCUGACGGUGAGAUGAUGGUGUUAGGAUCAGUGGUGUUUUUUAUGAUGAUCAUCAAAUAUGGCAAUGUGGCAAGCAUUCGCUGUCGAAAUUUGUACGAUGUUGUACGAGAUUGAAUGAAAACGACGAACAGUGGUUACAAGCUUACA